GCGCCGCCCGGUCGCUCUCGCCUACCCGGGCCGCGGCGGGCCCGCUGCCGCCCUCCCCCGGCGCCGCGGCGGGCGGGAGGAUGGAGCAAGGGCUGUCCGCCAUCACCCUCUACUGCGCGCCCGCCGCCGGCCCCGCGCCCGCCUCCGGCGCCAUGGAGCCCGAGCAGCAACUUGCAAAGGGAGAUGGUGGCUUUGAGAAUGUGGAGCUGGGUGUCAUAGGAAAGAAGAAGAAAAUUCCAAGGAGGGUUAUUCAUUUUGCCAGUGGAGAAACAAUGGAAGAAUAUAGCACAGAUGAAGAGGAAGAUGAACAAGAGAAAAAAGACCUGUUGCCACCUGUAGAUCCUACAACACUCACGUGGGGACCCUACUUGUGGUUUCACAUGCUGCGAGUUGCAACAUCAACUCUAUCAGUAUGUGAUUUCCUUGGGGAAAAGAUUGCAUCUGUUCUGGGAAUAAGCACACCAAAAUACCAAUAUGCAAUUGAUGAGUAUUACAGAAUGAAGAGAGAGGAGGAAGAGGAGGAACAGGAAAACAAGAUGGCAGAAGAAGCAGAAAGACAGCAUCAGGAACAGCAGAACAAGCCACAAGCCGAAGCUCCUGUUCAGACAGACCAGCCUGAAGCAACAGCAUCCUCUUCAUUCGUGAACGUAAACUUUGAAAACGAGGGAGAUUGCCCGUCCACUGGGAAAAAUAAACAAGAAGCAGUUCCUGUCCCUCCUUAAGUGUAAAGCUCUGUAUAAUGUAGGAAAUAAGUACUGUCAGGUGUCACAAUCUGGCUAUAAACAGGAAAAAUAGGAUUAUACUCGUUCAGUGAAACACAACUCCUACCAUUCUUAUUGAUCAGGAGAGAGCUAGGCGAUGUCAGUUCAGUCUGUCUGCCUAAUAAAGGCUGAGGCAUUCUGCCAAACUGGCACUUUGGUUAAAAUGAAAAUUGCACUACAAACGUUUGGUCUAAAAUUGAAUGUGUGAGCUAAUUUCUGUGUAAAGCAAGUAAAAAUGUCUUUUCUUUGAAUUGCUGUGUCUCUUAACACCUGUGGAUUGCAGAGGCAGUGCUGUUUCCUACUUCUAAACACCUGUUUCUGAUUUGCACACUGUUUGCAACUCAGCUCUCUAUGAAUAGAUUAAUAGGAAUUAAUAUCCUGUAACUCGCAAUAGUAAGAGUCUGAUUUCCCCUAUUUAUUGUCGCUACUGUAUGCAUGUAUUUUUUUUCUGUUGUUAACACAAGAGAAAAUGUUAGAUUUAAUGUUAAUUAGAUUUAAGGGUCCGUUGACUUUUAUUUAAAAAAAAAACAACAAAACACUUUCCAGGGGGCUAAAAACACCCUUAAGAACUUAGUAACAAGUACCAGCACUCUUGGAGGCUGAUAGUGCUCAGCUACUCCAUUCAGUGCUGUAGCAAAGUAUAGAACUAGCUUAAGUGUAAGACAUUCCCACUAUAAGUCCAAGAAUGAAGAGACCCACGUGCUUGAAUGCAUGCUCUCAGUGGUCCUGGGAAAGAAACUAAAGUCUUGCUAAAUUAUAUUGAGUGCACUGGACACUCUGGUACCAAUGUACAACUAUGAAAACAUUUUUGGACAUAGAUUACCCAAGUCCAUGUACUUGAGUGACCUAAACAAACCAUGUGUUUAAUGUUAAUUACCAGUAAGGGAUAUGCCAUUGCAGGUAUUUUUCUCCCCUCUAGCACAGAAUACUAAAUAACUAGAAACCACAAAACAAACUUGUGACUCUUUCCUUUUCUUAAACACAAUGUAUUCUGAUACAGCACAUGCAGCAACAGUAAUUUUUAUUUUUGUCCAAGUGAAGUGCAGUCACCUCCAAAGCAAAUACCGAUUAAGGCAAUUUUACUGAAAUGACUGUUGUACCUGUAGCUGGUAAAAGGUGAAUAGUUGACUUUGCAACAACCAGAUGUCAGUGCCCCAGGCAUUUUCUACGGAGAACUGUUGUGGGUAAAGGAGCAGAGAACCUGCACUAGGUAUAGGUACCAUGUAAUACAGUACUUCUGUCCUUGAGAUUCCUAAAAAAAAUUUUAAAAAGUCUUCAGUGAAAUGUUGUAUUGGGUAUCAUCACCCAUCCCUGGCCUUGCUUUCACUGCCAAUUAACUAAGGAGCCUGAUGUAACACCCCAGGCCAGGUAACUUGGCUAUUAGUUUCCAGAGUUAUGUAUUUCAGACAGCCCUCAGCCUGAACCAGUGUCCUGGACAGCACAAACUCUUCCUCUCAUCUAUCUGUAGCACUCCAUCACUGCAGAAAAUCUGAGGAAGAGGAUUCAAUCAUCAGCUCUAUUCUUUGCCUCUUUUUGAAUUGUAAGACAGAGGGUGCUGACCACAGUGUAAAAUCAUUCCUUAGCCCUGAAUGCCUGCAAGGGAGAGCUUGGUUCAACACCAGAGGAAUACACAGAAAACCAGCUUGUUGGGAGUUCUUAUACUGUCAAAGACAGAAAGCCUCAUGUUGCUUGAGUAAUACCUUGACAGUUGAAGGAUGGUUUGCUUUUCUUCAAAAAAAUUAAUGUCAGUUGGUUUUUUUACCUUCUCUCCCUACUAUUUGUUGCAUCAGAAAUGCUCUCACUGCCUUGGGUUUAAACUUCUUUGUAUAAAAUACUCUUAUUACUCACUGUGCCUUAACUUAAUCCUUCCUUCAGUUUUUUGCAAACUGUAUGAAAGUUGUUACUUUCAUAUUGGCUUAAUUUUUCUGUAAAUGCAUUAAUUGGUUAUUUUAUAUUUAAUAUAAUUUUUGAACUGGAA